AUGGCUGCUCGAUUCUUUGCAAGGAGAACCCGCAAGGAAGCUUCGACUGCAGCGCAAUGGGAAAAAUCAAUUCUGAAGCACAAGUUUGAAGGACACAACGAUGCGAUUUGGGGUUUCGUAUUCUUGCACGACAACAUCCACAUCGUGAGUGGUUCAUUGGAUGGCACUAUGCGCAAGUGGAACUGCGAUACGGGACUUGUUGUUGGAGAACCAUGGAAAAGUAAGGCGGGAGGCAUCUAUGCACUGGCGCUUUUGCCGGAUGGGAAGAUAAUUGCAUGUGGGAGGGAGGAUGGAAGCGUUCAGCUGUGGAACACCGAUAUUAGGAAGAUGAUCAGAUGGGUUUGGACGGGUCAUAGCAGGGCGGUGCGGUCACUCUCGUGGUCACCCAACGGAAGACAACUUGCUAGCGGGUCCGAUGAUGGAACAAUUCUGAUUCGAAAUGCAGAAAGUGGGGAAGUCGAGGUGGGCCCGAUUGAUGCGAACCAAGGCGGUGUGUGGAGUCUUGCAUAUUCACCUUCGGGUGAGAGAAUUGCAUCAGGCAGGAGGGACUGUACGAUCUGCAUCUGGGACACGAAGGUUCUUGUCGUUGGCCCAAUUAAAGACCUGGAGUUAGAUGUGACUUCAUUGAUGUGGUCGUCAGACAGCACAAAACUUUAUUCCGCAUCCGACAGGUUCGCACGUGUUUUCGACAGCGAAACAGGCGAACUACUCCAUCGCUUUGAGCAUGACCAUGUCCUUUGGUCCAUCGCACUUUCACCCAAACACAAUGUCCUGGCGUGCGUGGGCUUCCAGGGUGCUGCACAGCUAUGGGACACAGAUGUGUCGUUCUCCCAAGACGGGAGCCAUCUAGCAUAUGGUGGAUCUGACAAUAAACUCACUCUAUGGGUGGUCAAAGGCAUGGCUCCGCGGCUUCCAGCAUCCACACUACUUCAACAACCCAAUAGACAAAACACACAACAGGAAACUCGGUCAAGCUCCCCAUCACCAUCAUCAUCGUGCCUCAACGCUGAUGCUACAGGAGGUGGUGGCUUCGUUGAGGAGGCGCACGACGACCCAUACAACAACUUCUUCCAUUCUUCACAGCAAUCUCUUCCAUCGCCAUCCCCUGGCUUCCUUCUACCCCCUUUGUUUCUGGCUCGCCGCCUCUGGAAUGUCAUCUCUCGACGUCACCCAACACCAGACGAGUCCGAGCUCGCAACCAUGAUACUCAAACAGCCAGUAUCAGAAGUGGAAGGUGAACAACAUGAAACUGUUGACGAUUGCGGUUCCGUGCAUAAUUCGCUCAGCGCCACAAAGAAUAAAGGCAAACAGCGAGAUAAUCCUCCCAAAAACGCGCAUAGCCCACCGUCUUAUGAUCGCGCUCUCCCCGCCCACCUCGAUAGCAAAGAGAGCCGAGGCCUCUGGGAACGACUAAUGCAGGCUCGGGGCAAAAGUCUCACUUUCAGUUUCGGACAUUCCAGCACUCGACCUGCAAAUGCGCCCCAACCAAUACUGCGCAAUCCCUGGCACUGGAAUUCCAGUUCAUUUCCCGUAGGAUCUUCCACACGUACCGUCGAUGUCUCUGCUUGUCGUGAUGAAGAUAGAUACGGCAUUACCCCUGAAACCGACGCAGAAGCAGCUGCAGCUAUGCUACGCACGAAUGUCGAUGUGGCCGGCAGUUCAACGCGACCAGGUCAACCUGCAGUGGCGGUGCAGGUUUCUCAAGGACAGCCCACACAAACACAAGCCUCAACAAGUGGGCCAGAAGAAAUUGGACUUUGCGACGUCGUAGCAUACGGUGGAGACCAUGUGGUACUCUUUGGAGACAUAGUUCCCGACCUUACAUUUACCGAUCCACAGCAGGAAACAUGA